CAAAAGACAGGAAAAACGUAAAUUGACGUGGUUAGACUGUCUGUCAAGAUUCAAGAAGAGAAACGAUGAUGAAGUCAGUAUUGGGAUGCCAACUGCUCAUGGUGCGCGCCAAGCCCCCCAACUUCCUUUUGAAUCUUCUUCGACGUCACGCGAUAUGCCGAUUAAAUAAUAAAAUCAUCCUCUGAAUCGUAGAAUCCAAUCCUAGAGUUUCAAUUUUGAGCCCAGGGACAGAAAAAGAAGAAGAAGAAGAAGAAGGAGAGGCGUUAUGGCUUCGUCGCCGUUGUUUACCGGCGAGAGAGCCGUGGUGGUAAUAUUCGUGGCUCGGAUCGUCUACUUGGCUCCGUUAUCUAUCCUCUACGAAUCCAUUUCUCUUUCCAUCCUCGCUCUACUCGCUCUCUCCGUCGAGAUCUCCGCCGACGACCACUCCCCCACUCCUCUUUUCCAAUUCUUCAAAACCAGGCCCGGAGCUUCAUCAGGAAUAUUUCUGGGGGCAGUAACGCUACCUGGGCUUAUGGUUUCAAAGUUGAUUCAAAUGUCAAGAGCUCUGGCAUUAGGUGAAGUUGGAAUUGAAGAGCUGGAAUAUCUGAAAGUGCAAUACUGGAUUACCUCUGCAAUUUGCUUCAGUGUGCUAGUUUUCCUCUGGCUUGUUCUUUUCCGUCAACCACGCUGCAGAUAUUACAUCAAUUCUUCCUGUAUCAUAAGCUGCAUAUGUUUGUACAUAGGAGUCUGCUGUUUCUAUUGUUCUCUGACAUCUCAUGGAGGGUGGAAUGCUGCACUGUUGCUAUUAUGUCUCUCUUGUCAUGGUUUUGCAGCUGUGAAACUAAUUGUGAAUAUCCUUGAUACUUUUCCGGCAUGUGCUUCCAUUGGAGAAGCAUUGUUGGUAACAUCUGGCCUUGUUGCUUACCUUGGAGAUAUGUGUGUGUAUACUGCUUCUAAGACUCAUGGCUACUCUCCUAUAUCAAAUACGGCCUUUAAAAUACAUUAUAUAUCAAGAAGUGAGAUCAGCACUAUUAUUCAGGGAAUGACUAUUGGCCUUCUUCUUCUCCCCAUGCUGUUUAAAUCUAUUCUUCGACUUUUAGGACACUUGAGGGUCUUGUCAUACUCUGGAGACACAGCAGAUAAUAGGAUCCAAAGAUCUUUUUUAUUCUAUACUUCACUGGCAUUUGUUUUGGUUGGGAUUGUUCCAUCAUGGAUGCAAGUUGUUCAAGAUUUUGGGAUGCACCCGUUCCUAUGGGUAUUUAAUUUUGUAUUCUCGGAGCCACUAAAGAGGCUGUCAUUAUGCAUAUAUUGGUUGGUUCUUAUAUAUGCAUCAGUUAUACGGUUUUACAAAAUUUCAAAACACAGUAAGCUUGAAAGGAUUCUUCUUCGGAAAUACUAUCAUCUGUUGGCAGUGUUGAUGUUUAUUCCUGCUCUAAUAUUUCAGCCAAAAUUUCUUGAUCUGGCAUUUGGUGUAGCUUUGGCGGUUUUUCUGGUGUUUGAAAUUAUACGGAUUUGGAGAAUUUGGCCAUUGGGGAAGCUUUUGCACCAAUUUAUGAAUGCCUUUACUGAUCAUCGUGACUCUGAUCUUCUUAUUGUCAGCCAUUUCUCACUGUUACUGGGGUGUGCACUUCCAAUCUGGUUGUCUUCUGGCUUCAAUGAUCGACCACUGGCCCCUUUUGCAGGGAUCUUGAGUCUUGGAAUUGGAGAUACAAUGGCAUCACUGGUUGGUCACAAGUAUGGAGUUCUGCGUUGGAGUAAAACUGGCAAGAAAACAAUUGAAGGAACCGCCGCUGGUAUAACUUCUGUCCUAGCUGCAUGCUCCAUUCUACUUCCACUUCUUGCAACUACCGGCUACAUCUUCACUAAGAACUUGUUCUCUCUCCUUUUGGCCGUGACACUUAGUGGUCUAUUGGAGGCAUACACAGCUCAACUAGACAAUGCCUUCAUACCUCUAAUGUUCUACAGCCUCCUGUGUCUUUGAAGUCCAUCCUAGAGUGGAGAACGUGUUGAUUGAAAGACGAACACUCAAAUCUAGUCAACAACUUUCUCGAGAUUUAUGGCUUGCUGCCGCUCUCCCCUUUGUGAAUAUCACUGACAUCUAGUUACUAGGCAUUUUCUUAAUUUGAAGAGGUCGAAGUUUUGCAGGUUCAGUAUAGUGAUGUGAUAACAAAUUUUCAUGUUCUCUCAUAGGAAAGAUGAAUUAGGGCAAAGUAGUGAUUGUAAAGAACAUGAGAAAGGUAUAGUAAAUUUCCACUUUAAUUUUUUUUUUUUUUUAAAUUUAACAUAAUAUAA